AUGAAUUGGAUCAGAAUUGUUCUCGAGAAAAGCGGUCGAGAUCCGUCUGUGAUGGCUGCAGCCUAUGAAAAGUUGUUGAAAGAGCACUGGGUUUUUACUGUGGACGAUUUGAAAGAAUGGUCUGAACGAGAUUGGUCCAACUCCUCUUGGCUACCACCAAAUGCCAAAAUUGUGCUGCAGGAAGGGGUAAAUGAGCUCAAAACCAAUCACCACAAGCAAUAUAACAUCAAAGAAAAAAAAAGAAGUCAAGAAAAGCAACAGUAUGCAGAGAAAGCUUUUAUUGCAGGGUCAUUGCACAUGAUCAAAAGAUACUUUUAUUAUCAUUCCAAAAGAAUUGACCAAGUUCCACUGCUUUCCGAAGAGGCAGUACAUUUUGCGUUUGAGGCUUUGGAUUAUAACGGCCUAGAACUACUUGACAGAAUCAAAAACCAGUUCUUUAAGGCUUUUCAAUAUUCAAAUACACAAGGAGUGAGCGUUCCCAGAGGUCUGUUGCUCUAUGGACCGCCAGGCACAGGUAAAACAACAAUCACGGAACACAUUGGUGAUUUAAUUGGCUUGUAUCAAGUAGUACCUCCUAUCUCAUCAACAGAAGUCAACAGAAGCCUAGUAGGAGAAACAGAAAAAUUGUUGCUUGACAUGUGUAACAGAGCAACACUAAUUCCACACUUGGCAGCUUGUAUUACCAUAGAUGAGAUUGAUAAUCUUGCUCCCAAAAGAAAUGAUGACUCCAAUUCUCAAGGCAAAAAAGAUGCUCUAUCCAUUCUACUGGCUGUUAUUGGAGGUAUUAAGGACGUGGAAAAUUUAGUUUUUCUUGCAUCCACAAACUACAGAAAUAACAUUGAUGACGCGUUUUUGAGAAGAAUGAGAGGCCAGUUUUUUGUUGGAAGACCAAGCCCUGUGAGCCGAAAAGAAUUCCUUAAAAAGAGCUUGCCUUCAUUUUCUGAUUCUUUAUUGAAUUAUAUGACUGCUUUAACAUGUAACUUUACUGGAGCAGCACUAAAGGAACUCAUUAGUGACAUUAUUGUAAAAAUUUCUGACGAGAAGCCACAAGCCGACACUAUUCAGAAGGUCUGUGUGAACUGUGCUAUAGCUAUUUGUGAUCAAUUUCAAACCCUCUUACUUGGAAAAUAUAACAUUCCAGCUUUAUUUCUAAAGAAUCCGAAUGCUGAUUUUAAUUUACAAAUUGUUGAUGGCCCUGAUUUGAAUGGAAAGAUGUUGGUAGAUUUAUCUGGAACCUCUAUACUGUUACGCCACAAAUUUAAUGCUAACAAUGCCGCCAUUGUGUUCAUGGAAAAGAAUACUCGUGAAGCAUGUGGACUUAUUUGGAACCUAUCCACUAGUACCAACAAGACGGCACAAAUUUUACCUUAUUUUGCACAGUUUUCCGUUCAAAACAAUGUGGAUUUUAUCCAAUUAUUGAACAUGGAUGUCUUACUGAGAAGUAAUGCUUUUGAUGAAAAAACCACAAAAGAAGUGUUAAACGAGAAAAUGGAAGAAGUAUAUCAAUAUAACAAAACAAUAACCAUCUUUGAUUUGGAUUCACUAGUUGGAAUAUCGUUAAAUCAAUCAGAUUCCAGUAUGGGCGUGUCAAAUUCAGUUCAUGCAAACCAUAGUAACAUCUUGACCACAAUACUCCAUUACUUUAUGGAUGCACACGUGGAUACACAACUUAAUAAGAUGAGGUGGAUGGUAGUUAUUUCAUCUCAUGCUUUCCUUAUCUCAAUGUUCAGAGAGUUAAGCAAGUUCCCACGAUUGCAAACAGAAAUACAAUUAG